AUGGCAGCAACAGCGGCGGCGGCGCGAUCCCUCCUCUCGUCGGCACGGGUCGCCGGCGGCGCCGCGGCAGUGAGCUGCGGCCGCCGCCGUGCCUACUCGGCACCGGCUGCGGCGGCGGCGCGGCAAGAGCCUGCCGCUGCUGCUACGGCGGCAGGGCAGGCGGCGGCGGCGCCGGCGGAGGGCGCUACCGGGAAUAGCAGUAAGGAGGGGUUCUUCUGGAUGAGGGAGCCCAGGACGGGGAACUGGAUGCCGGAGAACCACUUCGGCGACGCCGACGUCGACCCCGCCAAGCUCCGGUCCCGGCUGCUAUUCCCCAAGAAAGACUAG